AGCUUCUAGAACACCAUGGGAGACGCCGCCGCAGCCACCGCCACUCAGCCGCCGCCCUCGGCGUCGCCCUCCUUCUCCUACCUGGCCGUCUUCUCCAACUGCCCGCUCGUCGCCGCCGUGCUCGCCUUCGCCAUCGCCCAGACCAUCAAGGUCUUCACCACAUGGUACAAGGAGAACCGGUGGGACGCCAAGCAGCUGGUGGGGUCCGGGGGGAUGCCGUCCUCGCACUCGGCCACCGUCACCGCGCUCGCCGUCGCCAUCGGCCUGCAGGAGGGGUUCAGCAGCUCCCUCUUCGCCACGGCCGCCAUCUUCGCCUCCGUGGUGAUGUAUGAUGCUUUUGGUGUUAGGCUACAUGCAGGGAGGCAAGCAGAGGUCUUGAAUCAAAUUGUGUACGAGCUACCAUCAGAGCAUCCACUUGCUGAAACAAGACCACUGCGAGAGCUCAUAGGGCACACGCCUCCUCAGGUUUUUGCUGGUGCGGUGCUCGGAUUCGCAGUAGCCACAUUUACGGGGAUGAUGGCUGGACUUGGUAACAGUGGUUGAUUCUCUUGACAGGUGGAUUGGUCUUCAUAGCUUCAGCAUUACUUCCGUUGAAGUGUUAGAAUCCAAAAUGGAUUUAUGGUUCCAAGAAGCCAGCUUGUGCUAGAUAAUGCAUUUUGUAUAGCCAUAUUAUUUGACUACAAACAAUGUCAGUUCCUCUCUAAAGAGAAAAUGUCCCAUUCUUUUGUAUGUAACUCGUAAAUAACCAUUUUGUUAUAUACUGAAUUUGCUGAUGUGGAAUCAAGAAGUUGAUGUGGAAUUUGUCAAACA